AUGGAAAAGGAAAUUAAACAUCGCCUGAAAAAGAGCAGAAGGCGAGAAAGAGCUGAGCGCAUGCAAGCGCAGAGGGAUCAUGGGGAUAGUGCUGAAGAUGAGACUCUGUCAGGGGUCAAGCCCCAUAGGCCUCCUAUUAGGAGAAAAAAAACAAAAGAACCUACUUUUGAAGAAGAUAUUAUUGACGGAUUCGCAAUAUUGGCCUUUCGUAGUUAUGAAGAACUAGAGAUGGCUGUGAAAAUGGCUGCAACUAAAAACACCAAGUUAAAUAUGUUUGAUGAGAAAAUACGUAGUCAAGGAAGUCUUCGAGUUAUUAAUCGACAUAGCCCUGCCCCGGGCCACGAUGCGGGAACCAGUGACGACAGUGGACGAGCCUCUGAAGUGAGACCUUCAGGUAUAUCUCACGCUCAUAGAGAGAGUUCCCACGAUCAUCUCAGUGAUGCCAGCAGUCGUUGUAGCUCUGGACGUGGUUAUAUCAUGCUGGAUCGCUGUUCGCUGCUACUCCUACAAGUGCUUCGAAGAAGCCUAAACGAAACUGGUGAAACUCAAAAUACCCUAAUAACAAAUGGGUCGGAAUCUCCACCACCCAGCAGCAAUGCUGCAACGUGUUUAAAUCAUUCGGCUCCUGUCGCUUCACUUCAAUCGAACGGACUUGCUGAUAAUGCCAAAACCCCAAUGACUGCGUCGCUACUUAAUUAUUCAUCUACGCAAUUGGAAAAAGCUCACGUGCUGGAAUCUGAAAGAGCAACGUUGCCAAGGUUUGAUGGUUUAGGACUUAAUUCAAAUGAAAAAACUCGGUUAGAGAUAAACCGGCCGACUUUCGAAAAGAGAUUUGAAAGUAAUACUCUAGUGGAAAAUAAAAGACUUGAACCAAAUACUCAUAUUCACGGGGCAGGUAACUUUGAGACAAGACUGGAUGGUCAUUUAAAUCACAUGGAAAAAGAUAGAAUCGAAGGAAUCCUCGCUGAGAAAAAUGUUAUGUUAGAUAAAUCUCGUAUUGAUGUUGUACAUUUGGAUAAUUCGAGGAGCGACGGUAUCCCGGUACAUAUGUUAAGUAAUGCACCUUUGUCAAGUCAUUUAGAUAAAAGGACGUUAGAUGUACUUCCCAUUCAAACCGAUAAGUGUUUGGAUAAUGUUUUGGCACCAAUAAGUUUAGAUAAGAGAAAAGACUCUCAUUCUUCGAGUGCAAUAGACAAAGGUAGAACUGAAAGAGAAUCGGGUCUCAUUCGCGCACCUGUUAGUAGUCCAGUUGUGGCACAUUCCGGUAUAAUGCCUUCUCAGUUGCACACCUCGAAUUUGUCCAGUAAUCCUAUUCAACAAGCUGUUCAUCAGGGUAGCAAUGUUGUAUCUCAUAAAUCGAUACAUCCAAAUCAAAUGUAUCAAAGUUCGAUCAGAACAAAUUUGCACAAUCCUGGAUUGCCUUCACAAAAUGGACUUUCUUUACAAUUUCCUCCCAAAAAACCGUUAGUCACAUUUAAUUCAAAGUCUCCUCCUGUGAAGCCCAUGAACAUGCCUGUUCCUCCACAUCCUGUAACAACUUCCAGUGUUUCUCCUGUGAUCUCAAACUCGUCUUCGAUGUCUACAGCAAUUAGUUUAUCCGCAUCGAAUUCGGGGAUUUCUAACAAUAUUUCUACUACCUUUAGUCUUUCAAGUGCCGGAACAGGAAGCAAUAGUGUUUCGGGAAUUAUGCAGCACAAUGCAACGCUUCAUCCUCUUAGUCAUGUUUCGAAUCCGCGAGGCCUAAAUGAAUCGACUUUGCCUUUGCGCCCAGGAAGUAGUCCUCAGCCCGGUAGCGGUCCUUUAAGAAUACAAAAUGAUCCGCUACAAUCUGGAGCUCGGGCCGCCACGCCCUUGGCACAGCAUCAGAUUCUUCCUUUGAGCCAUUCUGCUAGUCAUGUCGGAUCGCAAGCGGUUCACGGACGCAUCACUCCAUCUAAAAUACUAUCAAGUUCUGCACCUUCAACAUCCAUAACUACAACUUCAAAUAAUACAAAUUCGAAUAACUCGGAUUUGUCUAUUACAAAUCAUUCAGCAAUAUCUCUUCACGUCAGUACACAUUCUGGUAGUAGCUUAUUCAAUCACGGUGGAACUCAAGGUCCGGGAAGUCCCAGUAUACAUUCUGGAUAUCCAACAUCGUUGCCUGGUGCGUCUUUUCCAAAUUAUUCGUCUUUGUAUGGUGCUUACUCUUCAAGUAUACAACAUUCACCUUAUUUGCCACCUAGGGUAGAACCUCCGGUUAAAUUUAUAACAUGCUUCAGUAACGUAAGCAGUCUCAGUAGGGGAAGCACCACUCCAGUUAAUGGACCUCCUUCUGCUUCUCCAUUUAAUGCCACUUCUUCAUCUAGUCUACCCAAUCCUUCAUCGUAUACCAAAAACCCUGUAUGGUUAAACGCUCCUAAUGCAGGACCGCCAAGACCUCCACUUCAUCCUACAAAUUUUCCGCCUUCAAUGUUUGCGCCUCCGCUUCCGCCUUCAGCGGGUCCGACUCCAUCUACUCCUUUUUCUGCAGAAUCUCUUUUUCAAACAAAUCAAGCCGAUCUAUUAAGGAGAGAAUUGGAUAAUCGAUUUUUAGCCUCACAAGAAAGAAGUAUUGGAGUUGCGCCUGCUUUUCUUCGGACUGAAAUGCAUCAUCAUCAACAUCAGCAUACUCAUGUUCAUCAGCAUCAAGCUCCGGCUCUUUAUCCCCCUCCUUUGUUUAAAGACAUUCCAAAACUCGGAAGCGUUGAUUCUCCUUUUUAUAGGGGAAAUUUGGGCCUUGUAAGCUAUUCUGGAUUUUCACCGGGACUCUUAGGGCCCGGACUUCCAUCUACACCUUUUGCACCUCCAUCCCAUUUACCAACCUUUACUCCGAAGAAAACCGGAAAAUGGAAUGCCAUGCACGUUAGGGUUGCUUGGGAAAUAUAUCAUCAUCAGCAGAAGCAAACAAUUGAAAAUAAGUCUUUGGGAACUUCUGGUAGUAAGGAUACAUUAUUAAGACCAUCGGGACAUUUAUUUCCUUCUGGUGGUCCUCGUCACGAUUUGGCAAGCUAUCCUCCCGGAUUUUUACCACCUCCUCCUCCCCACAUUGGUUCAGCUGUUACACCUUUUGGACGGUAUCCGCCAAUGGGUAGCUUCGGAGCUCCUCCCUCUACAUUUACUGGCAUUACGGGCUUUCCUCCAAGAGAAAUUUCUUCGUUAACGCCUUUACCUCCUGUUCACGAUCCUUGGAGAUUACGGGGACCCAGUGCUUUUCCCGUUGGUUCUUCUCCUUGGUCAUUAAAAUCAGAGCCUGAUAGAAGAGAAUUAGAGGAGCGGGAACAUCGUGAAAGAAGAGAAAGAGAGGAAAAAAGAAAAUUGGAACUUGAACGUGAACGCGAGCGCGAGCGUGAACGUGAGAGAGAACGUGAACGUGAACGGGAACGCGAACGAGAACGCGAACGUGAACGCGAAAGGAGGGAAAAAGAAAGGAGAGAGUUGGAGAAAAGAGAAUUGGAAAGGUAUGCUAAAGUAAGAGACAGAUCUCCUUUAAGAAAUGGAGAAAUCAAAGAAGAACCCAGAACAGAAGAAGACAUUGUAGUUCUUGGGAGAACUGGACCCAGCGGACCUUAUCCUCCUCAUUCUUACGGAAUCGGGAGUAGGCAUCCAAGUUUAAGGCCUCCGCCGUUGGCACCUCAUUUUACUCCUUCGACGUGGCCAGCAACACCUGGUCCUGAUCCUUUUGCAUACCGUCUUGAUCCCUUGAUGAGGUACAAUCCGCUAGCGCCGUACAGGCCGGAAGAUGAAGAGCAAAGAGCAAAAUUAUACGGAGUCGGAGGAUAUUUACCGCCUCAUCCUUCUCAUCAUCAACCUUCCCCUCCAGUUCUCAUGAAAAAAGAAGAAUCUCAAUCUCGAUGA